CCCCGGGGCGGGCGCGCAUGCGCGGAGCGGGCGGGGCGGAGGCAGCGCGGUCCGGGGCGCGAUGGGCGCGGAGGCGUGAGCGGCCCGGGGGCUCGGGCUGCGCCGAACCGGGACCGCCGACACCGGCAGAGGCCGCCCCCGAGCGAGGGAAGCAUGUUCCGGCUGAUGAGGGAUGGCGAGCCGGAGGACCCCAUGUUUGCCAUGGAUCCUUUUGCCAUCCACCGGCAGCACAUGAACCGCAUGCUCUCCGGGAGUUUCGGGUUCGGGCCGCUCCUGGGCAUCACGGAUGGGACCACACCUGGGGCUCGCCAGCCUGGCCGCAGGAUGCAGGCAGGAGCCGUUUCACCCUUUGGGAUGCUCGGCAUGGCAGGUGGCUUUAUAGAUAUGUUUGGGAUGAUGAACGACAUGAUUGGAAACAUGGAGCAUAUGACAAGUGGUGCUAACUGCCAGACAUUUACCUCCUCAACUGUCAUCUCUUAUUCCAACCUGGGUGAUGGGCCCAAAGUCUAUCAGGAGACCUCAGAGAUGCGUUCAGCACCUGGCGGGAUCCGUGAGACAAGACGAACCGUAAGGGACUCGGACAGUGGCUUGGAACAGAUGUCGAUCGGACACCACAUCAGGGAGAGAGCCCACAUCAUGCAGCGGUCCCGGAACCAUCGCACAGGUGACCAGGAGGAGAGGCAGGACUACAUCAACAUGGAUGAAAGUGACGCAGCCGCAUUUGACGACGAGUGGCGGCGAGAGACGUCCCGGUUCCGGCCGCAGCGGGGCCUGGAUUACCGGCGUCACGAAGGCAGCGGUGGCCGGCGGGCCGAGGGGACUCGUCUCGCCAUCCAGGGCCCUGAGGAUUCUCCCUCCAGACAGUCCCGCCGGUACAGACAGUGAAACUCUGAAGCCCCUUCAAAGCACCACUUGGACCCUCCUCAAAUUUAGUAUUAACCUCCCUCCCACUUAAGAAUUUAAACAAAGCAACUAAUCUUCUGCAUUGCUCUUUUUCACCCCAUUUGGGUGCUGCAGUGGGGCAUGGGAAAUCUCACUGAUGUGCAAAGAACACAGUAACUGCCCAUUCCCUCUCUGCUGUCCCUUGGCUCUGUUCUUUCUGCCAGUAGUGCUGGGCAUGAGGAGCUGCCACCUUGCCUCUUCCAUCCUUUCCACUCUUUUUGUGCUGGGUUGGGCUGGUUCGGAACUUUGUGUUUAGUCCCCUGUGAAAGGAAUACGAGGGAAUUCUGCUAGAACCCCCUGUCAGUCCCCUCACCGGGACAGAGGCUUCGAUUCCCCUGCUGCUCCUUGGUGCAUCUGUGGAGAAGCAGAAGGAUGUGUGCGUUGGAGAAGGGAGGAGCAGAACAAAAGCUGGAUCAGCCUGUGGGCCCCUGACCCCUCUUCAGUCAGCUCCCCCACUUUUUUAAUUUGUGAAACUUGUAACUAGAUGUUUACUGAAUAAACAAACUCUAAAGAA